AUGCUGGUCCCGGUGAAGAAAAACAGCCAUGUGCAGUGGUGCUUAAUCAGCCUUUUGAUGCUCCUUGCGAAUCGGGUGGCCGCACUACGCGAUCUCACUGAUCAGAAUGUCAAAGAUAUCAAUGCUGCGAAGAAUGAGAUUGUGAGCGUGACCAAGGAGACCGAUCUGUUGUUAUUCCUCGGCAACACAACCAGUUAUUUCUACUAUGCACUGAAGAAGGACGACAAACGGGAAGCGGAGCUGGUUCCUACCAGUGGCCGUUACUACGCGAAAUACCUGUACCCCGAAGCGGAGGCCAAAAACUAUCCAAAAGGGCCUGACGAGGAGCAAGAGGGCGAUUUCUACGCAAACAACCCUGAACCAAAGCUAGGAAGACACAAGAACUACAACCGGGUUGUUCUGAUCGACCACACUCUCCGUGGGGAAAGCGUUGAUCAGUUCGUCAUGCUGCUAAACCAUAUGCCCAAGAUCAACAAAGUCGAAAGGGGCUUCAUUAACAUUGUUUCCCCUGAGAUACAGCAGCAAAUUGCGGAGAGAACGAAAGGUUUCGAGGGACCUCCGACACUGGUGGACACAAUACACAAGGUGGUCAUGAAGGAUGACUCGCUCAUUGAUGGUCUUGCAAGAAGUAAAUUUGGUCGACUUGCUAUUGAUUAUACAGUGAUGGAAUUCGAGGAAGUCGACGCGGAAGACGCCCAAAAGGAGUUUGAGAGCAAAUCGCCCCAAAAGAAAAUGAUUGCAAAGAUUCGGGGCGAAUGGGGCGAUCCCGAUUGA